AUGGUGACGCUGAUAGGAGCCCAUACAAUGAUUGGUUUCUCGCUUUGUAGAGAGUUCAGCUACCGGCUUUACAACUUCAGCAGGACUUCCCCAACUGAUCUGGCGCUCAACCCCAAGUACGCGGAGGGGCUGAAGAAACUGUGUCAAAACUACACCAAGAACCCGACAAUGAGCGCCUUCAACGAUGUGAUGACCCCUGGGAAGUUCGACAACAUGUACUAUCAGCACCUGUACAAGGGGGCUAUGGCUGCUUGCUUCGGAUCAAGCCCUGGCUGCAGAUCGGAGAACAAAACCUUUCGUGGAGCUUUAUGCAAAGAACAAAAAGGUUUUCUUCAAAGCGUUUGCUCAAGUGAUGGAGAAGCUCAGCACCUACAAGAUAAAGACAGGGAAAGAUGGUGA